AGGUUCCGGCGAUUCUAGCAUACUUCUGUCACUGCGCGAUUGUUACCGAAGCAGAUUGUAUUCAAUUAUGGUUGCGAAUAUUGCUGGUUUUGCGAAUUAUAGGCUGUAUAGAGGGUUCAUCGCAACGCCGAUAAUCUCCGGGCGUCACACUCGGACUGAGCAUGGAAUACAGACAGAUUCAAGGAUUCAGUGCUGGUAAGGUGCGAGUGUCCAAAUCAGUUGCGCAACAAAAGGAGGCUGUAGAGAUGAAGAAAUGUGUAACGUUUCGGGGAUGCGGGAGAACAGACAAAUGACGUGGGCUGCCAAGUCCAUUUUCUUCUAGAUCGUCAGCAUCCAGACCUGUCAACUUUGACAUUUUUUUAUCAUCAUCUCUGGGCAAACUUCAGGCUGGGUUGGAUAUAAAUCAAUUCAAGAAUGCCCUGUCGCUGUUCGCGGGCGAAAGGUGUAAAUGUUGUUCAAUAGCGAGGUCAAUAUCUGCGACUGUCCAGUCAAUUGUCUCCCAUGCCAUUGAAGGCCCUUAUCAAUUCUAUGGAGCAUUCACAAUGGACGCAACCUUUAUCUCCAUCCACGGUAAGUGCUGGAGCAAUACAACUGGGCUCGACUGCAGACAUAUAACCGCUUUUUACUCAUCACUGCUGCGCAAACAGAUAUGAGCAGAGAUGCUCGCAUUCUAUAUGCAUCUGACUCGAUUGAGUACAUCCUGGGCUAUCUACCACAUGAAGUGAUAAAUAGGCCAUGCUGGGACUAUUUCCAUCCCGAUGAGAUGCCAUUUGCGCAAUCAGUGCAUGGCCGAGGUGUGCAAUUGGAUAAAGCGGCCGUUUUACGGUAUUGUAGAGUGAAGCAUAAGUUGGGAUAUUGGGUUUGUUGUGAAUGCGUGUUUUCGGUUGUGUACAAUGUCCUAGUGGCUUGUACGAGUAUAUAUCGGCAGGGGGCGUUCAGUCAGAAAAGAGCUGUCGAUGCCCCAAUCAUCCGCCGGAUUUUCACAUCAUCCCCGCGAGAUCCGCGAUAUCAUAUGCUUUCCUAUCUUUCGAACAAAUUCUCUCAGAAUCCUACAAAUGCCCUUCAUGAGCCGAGGGCAGCAUUGUUUCUCAACCGGUUUACACGAACGCUGACAAUCAUGUUUGCAACGGACGGGGUGGAAGAGAUUCUCGAUAUCACUCCACGGCAACUAGUGGGCAAGAGCUUUUAUUCUUGUAUCCAGGAACAAUGUUUACAUGAUGCUGUUCGCUGUCUGGAAGACGCAAAGGUGAAUAGCUCUAUAGCCUAUCUGCGGUUCUGGUAUCGAAAUCCAUUGGAGGAAGACAAUCCUUCAGUUCCAGCGGACCCAGCGGUCACAAACAAUACUUAUGAUAAUAGUCUUUAUGGUAACAAUACUGCCAAUACUACAUUCUCGACAGGUUCAGAACUCGGUGUGGCUGCCAUGGGCGGGUCGACAUCUCAACAUCCUCAACAACAGCCACGCCUUGAACUCGAAGCAGUCGUCUCAUGCACAUCAGAUGGAUUAGUCGUGGUCCUGCGUCGCGCACGGCCUUCAAUCCCACUACAACAAACCCUUACUCCUCGGUCUCAGAUUGCUGCAAAUGGCAUCUUUGCCUCACCGUGGGCAACGAAUCCAAUCAUUCCCCAGCAUGCCAUGCAGUCUAUGCCAACACAAACAUGGCCACCAAAUCCUAGAACGACCCAUCCGGCUUAUAACCGGGCCUACGGGCCGAAUCCAAUGGUUCCCCCAGGCCACCCUGCUUAUCCAAACUACAUCAACAAUGGACCUGGCGGGCCUCAUCCACACGACUUCUACAGCACAAUUCGCGACGUGGCGGUCUUUGCAUGGGGUAUUGUGGGUAUAAAUGGAUCUCUAGAGCAGUACCGGAAAGGACAGCCCAGUUAUGAAGCUCUUCCGCCAGAUGGAAUACCCAUUUGGAAUCCGAAACCGGAAGAUGGGGAGUUUAUAGAUGAAAAUCAAGACAAGAAGGCGGAUAUCAAGGCUGAAAUAGAGCAGCAGGAGACGGUUAAACGGGAUGAAGCAUUUACGCUAUAAUCAAUUGGGUAGUGUCUAUAAUUGAUCAAUAGUCUGAAGUCUUGCCUCCCUGAUGUCAAGGUA